AUUUCAAGUAACUCUGUGCCACUGACGUCAUCAGUUCGCAAAGACUUUCCUGUGUCACCUUUAGUUCCGACACUGUGAUCCCCACUCUGUUAUUGUUGUCUGCAUCUGAACGCUUGCGACGCAAAUAAUUCAAGGAUUUGAAAGUUUUUGUAGCCUUAUUUUAGUCCCUGAACAGUCCCUGAAUAACCAAGGAUGUUCUCCAGAAAGAAGCCAGAACCAGCAAAAAGAAGGCAGCACGAUUUAUCGCAGUUCGGUCUUACGGAAAUCCCAGAUGACUUCGAUCCCAGCGCUGGUUAUGGAGACGACGAUGGGGGUGACAGCGAUUUGGAGGCAGAGCUUGCGGCCAUAGCCGGCGGAGGAGGAGCCAAGCCAAAGCCGAAGCCCAAAGCAAAGCUGUUACCCGCCAGUGACUUAGACAAAAUGAUAGCCGACAGCUUGCGUGAUGUCAGCGACGAUGAAGAUGAUGACAAUUUGGAAAGCGAUCCAGAUCUCCUUGGCGAGCUGAGCGGAAUUGGUGGCCUAGAGCAAGCGGAUGAAGAGGAGUCUGCCGCCCAACCGUCAGCUGCCACUGAAGAACCCAUACAAACCUUUCUGCCUACUACAACUGUGGACACAUUAAGCAUUAUAAAACAGCGUCUAGAAAUGUACAAGCUGGCCGAGGCCAAUGCCAAGACUGCCGGCGAUGCAAGCAAAGCAAGGCGUUUUGGAAGAGGACUCAAGACUCUACAGGAUCUCCACAAACAGGCAGCGGCUGGCAAGUCCAUCAACGUGGAUGACAUUCCACCUGAAGUCAGCGUAAAGCCAAUGGGUGGGCAGACUCCUCCAGGGCCUGCUGAGGAAUCACCAGCUCCCUCCACUCCUGCUUCCCCUCCGCCUGUGCCAAGUCGUGCAGCUCCCGCUCCACCAACUCCCACCACCCCGGUGGAGCCCACUACAUCAGUGUCACCCACCACUCCUCCUAAUCCUCUCGUCACGCAAAUGCGCAGCCGCCAGAAUGACUACAAAUCUGCUGCACUGCAAUCUAAACGCAGCGGUGAUACAGCUACUGCCCUUCAGUUCCUCAAAGUGGUCAAGCAAUUUGACGUAGUCAUAAAAAUGUGUGAGGACGGACAGGAAGUUGAUUUGAGUGAUAUGCCCCCUCCACCAGCUGAGUUCCUUGAAUUCCUUAAAAAAAUGCAAGAAGGAGCAACGGCAGAAGAUGUCGCAGAACCUGCUCCUAUUCCAGAUCCCACACCUGUUGUGCCUACUCCGGUCCCAACAGCUCCAACAAAUAUGUUGGAGGCUCUGCAGCAACGCUUAGAGAAAUAUCAGUCUGUGGAAGCGGCAGCCAAGGCAGAGAACAAUAGCGGAAAAGCCAGACGCUUUGGGAGGAUUGUGAAGCAAUACGAAGAUGCCAUAAAGUUGUACAAGGCAGGCAAACCAGUGCCUUACGAUGAACUGCCAGUGCCACCCGGUUUUGGACCUCUGCCCACGGUGGAUGCUGCUCCUAUUGCGCCGACUCCAUCACUGCCUACUUCCCCUACAUCUCCACCGGCAACGGCAAGUACUUCCGCAGGAGGAACACCCACCAGUUCCAAUGUGACGACACCUACAGCUCCUCGAAAAGCACCGUCACCUCCUAAGCCCAAGGAGCUAACCACACGCACGUCUGGCAAUCAGCAGAAGAACAAUAUUGCCGAACAGCAAAUGAAACUGCUCCUCGAGCGCCAAAAGGAGUUUAAGCUAGCAGCUAUAGAGGCCAAGAAAGCGGGAGAGAUAGAUCAGGCCAAAGAGUACUUAAAGAUCUUCAAAGGAUUUGAUUCCCUUCUUAAUGCAGCCAGUAGUGGAUUGCCAGUGGAUCUCAGCACUCUUCCCGUCCCGCCAUCCCAAAGGGAUAGUCUAGAAGCCUCAUUUGCCAUUGUAUCCGUUGAGGAAUGCGAUCCAACUGAUGACAUCUGUGAAAUUGGUGUUCGCAUGGAGGAGCAGCUGGCAAAGCAGCUGAUGAUGUGUAAAAAUACCCGAGAUCAUCACAAGGCUAUGGGCGAUGUAGCGGGCAUGAAUCGGUUUGAAAAUUUAGCUUUAACAGUGCAAAAGGAUUUGGAUUUGGUACGAUACUCGAAACGAAAGAAUGAACCACUGCCAAAGUUUCACUAUGAAAAGCGUAGCUUCAACAUUGUGCAUUGCAACACAGAACUUACAGAUAGCGAGCUCGAAAUUGUUGUGGUCCGGGGAAUCAACUACAACGUGGCCAAUCCCAAAGACGUCGAUACUUAUGUGCGCGUAGAGUUUCCCCUGCUUAAUGAUGAAUCUUUCAAGACUAAAACCAAUGUUAUCAGAGACACUAGCAGUCCUGACUACGAUGAACGCUUCAAGGUUGACAUCCAGCGGGCCAAUCGUCAGUUCCAGAGAAUCUUUAAGCGACAUGGCGUCAAGUUUGAAAUAUACUCUAGAGGCUGCAGUAUAGAUUGUUGUGGACUAAGUCGUAAAUUGCCCCUGUGUUGUUUCAGAGGGUUUCUGCGAUCGGAUACGUUGAUUGGAACCGUAAAUGUCAAGCUUCAGCCGUUGGAGACCAAGUGUGAUAUACACGACACAUACGAUCUAAUGGAUGGUCGCAAGCAAGUGGGAGGAAAGUUGGAAGUCAAGAUACGUGUUCGAAAUCCUAUUCUCACCAAGCAAAUGGAGCACAUAAACGAAAAGUGGUUGGUCUUGGAUGCCUAGGGCUAAACAAGAACCAGAAUAGAAAAUAAGAUCGCGUCCCCUUGCGAUUGUUCCGAUUACGUCACUAACUUAUUCUUAUUGUAAAUAUCCGUCACAGAAAAUUAAUGUAUCCAUGUACGCUUUUGCCGAUUCCUUGGCAGGAUGAAGGCAUUUAUAUAUUACGAACACAACACAUAUAAUGUACUAUAAAUAUCUUUAUAUAUAAAUAAUAUAUGUAUGUAUAUAUGAUAUUGCCGGCGUUAAGGCGAAGGCGCAAGUCCAGAAGAUUGUGCCGGUGAAGUCAGUCCAUUCCAAGAGAGACAGAUUGAGAGUAGGAGCGGUCCACUAGCGCCUAGCCGAAACCUGAUUAUGUUAGCUUUCACUUUGCAUAAAUAUGUUCUUUUGAUUUAUAAACUGUUUGUUGAACUACAACUCCA